AUGGACUGCACUCAGGCACAGAAGGUUCGGUAUGGAACUCAUAUGCUGGCAGUCGAAGCAGAUGAUUGGUGGCUAGAGACUCGCCAGAGAUUGGAAGUUGCUGGUGAAGAGAUUACUUGGGUUGUGUUCCGCAGAGAGUUUUUGAGGAAGUAUUGUCUUGAAGAUGUUCGUGGUAAGAAGGAGAUUGAGUUCCUUGAGCUGAAACAGGGGAAUAUGUCAGUGACAGAGUAUGCUGCAAAGUUCACUGAGUUGGCUAACUUCUACCCGUACUAUGAAGGAGCAGGUGCUGUAUUUUCAAAGUGCAUCAAGUUUGAGAAUGGAUUGCGCUCUGAGAUCAAGAAAGAUGUUGGGUACCAAAAGAUUCGUGUCUUUGCUGAUUUGGUUGAUAGUUGCCAGAUCUAUGAGGAGGAUAGUAAGGCUCACUACAAGAUCAUAAGUGAGAGAAGAGGUAAGCAACAUCAGAACCGCGGGAAGCCUUACAACCCCCCGGCUGAUAAGGGAAAUCAUAACGCAGUUGAUGCCAAGAAGCCAAGUGAGGGAGGAGCUUCUACCUCGGUCCAAUGCUAUAGGUGUGGUGUGAUUGGUCAUCGUGCCAAUGAGUGUCCUAGUGUUGAAAAGAAAUGUUAUAAGUGUGGAAAAACGGGACAUCUCCUGGCUGACUGUAAGAGUAAUACCGUGACUCGUUACAACUGUGGGGAGGAAGGCCAUAUUAGCACUAAUUGUCAAAAACCUAAGAAGGCUAAGUUCGGAGGAAAAGUCUUUGCUUUGACUGGUUCGAAGACCAACCAACAGGGAUGA